AUGGCUACAGCAAUUCCUGUAGGAAACCUUGAGAAUGAAGUGACCUGCCCCAUCUGCCUGGAGUUCUUCAAGGAUCCAGUGAUGAUCAUGGGCUGUGGGCACAACUUCUGCCAAGCCUGCAUCACCCAGUACUUGGAAGGGGCUGAGACAGAUGGCACUUGCCCUCAGUGCAGACAGACCUUUCCCCAAAUGAUUGUUGGUCCAAACAAGAAGCUGGCACAUUUUGUAGAAAUUGUCAAGAGCCUGAGCGUGCAGUCAGCUGGUGAAGCCAGAGGGAAGCUGAUGUGUAAUGAGCACGGUGAGGCUCUGAAGCUCUUCUGUGAAACGGACCAAAAGCUCAUAUGCUUGAUCUGCCGGGAGUCCCGGCUCCAUCGAGCUCACAAUGUGGCUCCUAUCCAGGAGGCUACCAAGCAGUACAAGGAACAAAUUUGGAUUCAGCUGGAGAUUCUAAAGGAAGAGAGAAGGAAGCUUCAAGAACAGAAAGAGAGUGAAAACCAGAAAUACAAAGACUAUCAGGAAAAGGCAGAAAUAGAGAUGCAGGAGAUUUUGGCUGAAUACAAGAAACUGUACCAAUAUUUUCAAGAAAAAGAACGCCUCCUGCGUGUCCAGCUCAGAGACCUGGAAGAGAAAACUGACAAAAAUCACAAGGAAACAAUCACCCAACUCUCUGAGGAGAUAUCCUGUCUAAAUAGUUUGAUCGAAGAGCUGGAGGAGAAGUGCCAGCAGCAGACAGGUGACUUCCUGCAGGGCAUCAAGAGCAUGUUGAGCAGGUGUGAGAGAAAACAACUCAGGAUGCCUGGAGAGAUUUUCUCUAAGAUGAAAAAGAAACUCGGGAAGCUUACUGCUCAAAAAAUGGCUCUAAGAGAGACUUUAGGACGGUUUCAAGAUGAUCUUCCAUCCAGCCAGAAGAAGGCCAGGUGGCAACAGCACGGAUCUUACAAUGUAGUGAAGGUGACUCUGGAUCCAGAUACAGCUCAUCCCUACCUCCUUCUGUCUGAAGAUCGGAGAAGUAUGACACGGGCAAGGAACAGACAGGAUGUGCCUGACAAUCCUGAGAGAUUUGACCCUGUGCACUACGUGUUGGGUUCUGAGGGAUUCACCUUGGGGAGACACACCUGGGAAGUGAACGUAGCACAGGUGCACAGCUGGGCUCUGGGGGUUGCCAGAGAGUCUGUCAGGAGGAAGGGAGAGAUUAUUCCUAGCCCUGAUAGGGGAAUCUGGGCUGUGCGGUCCUGUAUGGGUCGCCUUCGGGCUCUCACUAGCCCUACUUACACCCCUGUGGUCCUGAAUCGCACGCUCAGCAAGGUGCGGGUGUGUCUAGACUGUGCAGGAGGAUGGGUGUCAUUUUUUGAUGCUGAUGCCGAGGCUGCACUCUUCACCUUUCCGCCAGCUUCAUUCAAUGGGGAGAGAAUCCGGCCCUUGUUCUCAGUGUGGAUGACUGGAGCUGCGCUCAGCCUGUGCCAUUGAGUAAGACCUCCAAAGUCUAGCCCUUGGGAUGCUCCCAGCUUUAAAGUCGGCAUCCUCCUCUAAUCCAGAGAAGUCCAGAGCUGGGGCUUUCUGAAAACUACGUAUUGGCUUACUUUGUACUGAGAGGUUCCUGCUGGGAUAACAUGUGGGAGGGAGGCAAUUUAGGCUAUCCAAGGGCUACCUGUGGGAAGCUGCUGGGAUGUUUACGUAUGCAAAUAUGGAAAAAGAAAAAACCCUGCACUUUACUUUCAGCUCAGCGCACCCCCCACAGUGAAGAGAGCACAUGCCCAGAAGAGGCAUUGCAUUAGUUUGAUCGGGUUCACCCAACACCUGUAUAAAUCAGGUGCUUUAGUGAGGCUUUUUGGUGCUUUUAUCUAAUAGCUGAUUGAAUCAACUUUAGCCAAAGCACCAUGUACAGCAAAGGGCCAUGGGAAAGGGCGCUGCCCCGAAAUGGAAGUCUCCAAGAUCCCACAGAGUUACACUUGGGCAUAGGGACCUUCCUUCCUUAGGAUAUUCUGAAAAC